AUGGCUCUAUAUGACCAGAGGGCUCUAUGGGACCAGAGAGCUCUAUGGGACCAGAGGGCUAUAUGGGACGAGAGGGCUCUUUUGGACCAGUGGGCUCUAUGGAUGUAUUUGAACUAUCUAGGAAACUACAUCCCCAAUGCCUGGAACUACGAGAGAGGCUGUGGUGUCUGUGACCACAACAUGGUGGAUUUGUCUCAGCUCAAAGAGUAUCCAACUGUUAUGGUCGGAGUGUUCAUCGAACAGCCCACUCCUUUCCUCUCUCAAUUCUUCCAGAGACUUGUGACCCUCGACUACCCCAAAGAUAAACUCAACGUCUUCGUUCAUAACAACGAGGUUUACCAUGAGAGACACAUCCAGAGGUUUUGGGAGGAGAGUAAAGAUGUGUUUAACAGCUUCAAGGUUGUGGGUCCGGAGGAGAACUUGAGCCAAGGACAGGCCAGAAACAUGGGCAUGGGGCUGUGUCGUAAGGACCCAGGCUGUGACUUCUACCUCAGUAUGGAUACUGACGUGAUGCUCACCAACAGACAGACCCUGAAGAUCCUCAUCGAGCAGAACAGGUAUGGUAUUUCGGUGCCGUUGGAGCAGCGUGUUGCUCUGCGUGAGUAUGGAGGCAGAUGGGAGGUGGAAGAGUCUGGGGGCACGGACCUUGUGGCUCAGUUUCACACUUAA